AAUGUGKAAAUGGCCAUCCUACAUCGUAUUUGAAAAUACAGAAUAAGCAGACUGACUGGAUUUUAACUAAACUAAUCAUUUAACACAUUUGCCARUGAGAAAGAUGCCAGAAUAAGCUCGGCUAGCUUGAACGAGCUAGCAUAGAUGCUUCUCGGAGGCCAUAUUUUCUAGAAAUGUUAGCUUCUGUUGUGUUCAGAAUAAUGUUAACGACACGUCUGUGAGUGUUAACAUAACAAGUGCGACAAUUUGGUCGUAGUUCAGCUGGGUGACACGUUUAACUAUUUGUUUUGACAAAAAAACUACUCGACGAACAACCGCAGCACCAGGAGCUAGCAUUAGCAUUGCUAGCAGUCCGGAUGCUAACGUGGAGUUGUUUGUGCUUCAGCAUGGCAGUCGUCAUCCGUUUACAGGGACUAAGUGGGACGGCAGGUUCUGGGGAUAUUCGCCGGUUCUUCACUGGCCUCAAAAUCCCAGACGGAGGUGUGCAUAUAAUCGGUGGGAAACAAAACGAAGCUUUCAUUAUUUUUGCUUCAGAUGAAGAUGCAAGAAGAGCCAUGACACGGUCAGGGGGCUUAAUAAAGAACUCUCCUAUAACAUUGCUGUUGAGCAGCAAAGCAGAGAUGCAGAAACUGCUGGAAAGAACUGCGGCAGAAAACAUGGUGCUGGAUCCAAAAAGAGAAUUUGAAGAUCGAGGUAGACAACCUCAACGAUGUGUGCACCCAGAGGAGGGAACAGGAUCCAGCAGCCAAUCUGGUUAUACCCCUGAUGAGUCCCAGCAUCAAAGCCCUUCAACCACAGAGGGUUUUUUUGGUGUAUUUCUCAAAGGUCUGCCAUAUUCUGUGACUAAGGAGCAACUUUAUGAGUUUUUUUAUGGUCUAAGCAUUGAGGAUGUUCUGCUGUUAAGACACCCAAGUGGACGAUUGAAUGGAAUGGGCUUUGUCAAAUUUUUCACAAGGCAGGAUGCAGUACAGGCCUUAAAAAGAGAUAGGCAAUACAUUGGAACCAGGUUCAUUGAGGUUUUGAGAACAUAUGCCCACAACUGGCAUAGUGCUGUUGAGCAAAUGCAAAUGUUUUCAGACAAAGUGGAGGAUACCAACAAAGUUGAGGAAACCAACAAAAUGGAAAAUAUAAACAAAGGUGACUACUUUCAACAAUGGAGAUCACCCGGUUACAACCGGACAAAUCCACCACGCGAUCGGUCACGGUCACCUGUGUACCAAAGGGAUAAUGCUACAUCUGAUGGAGAAUACUGUGUGAUGUUGGAGAAUCUGUCCAUUUCAGCCGAAAUAGGACA